AUGGGAAAAAAAUUCGUUGCCGUGCGUAAGCCCACGGCAAAGAAAUCUGCCGCACGGCAAAGGGAACUUUGCGCACGACAAAGGCCUUGCAGCACGGCAAAGGUUACUUUGCGCACGGCAAAGUCCUGGCCGCACGGCAAAGAGGUGCCUUACGGCAACGUUGCUGAUAAGGUGACACGCGUGCGUCCCGACCACCCAUUCUCCCACACGCGCCCCUCCCACCCACCUCUGCAUCCUCCCAACGCGAGCGCCGCCGCCGCCGUCCGCUGCCCCGCCCACACCUCACCUCUCUCCCCCACCCUCCCGCGCCCCACCCGCGCGCCGCCGGAGUCGCCCACGCCGCCACCGCCGCCACCGCCGCGGGCCCCUCCCCUCGGCUGCUGCUGCCGCGUGCCCCAGCCUGCUGCUCGCCGCCGAGUCGCUCACGGCUGCCGCUCGCGCGCGCCUGCUGCUCGCGCCUCCCCUAGCUGCUGCUGCUUGCCCCUCCUCCUCCGCCGCGUGCCCGUGUCUGCUCGUCCCUCCGCCGGACCGUGUGCUGCUCGCCCCCACCGUCGCCGCCCGUGCUGUUCGCCCCGGGCCGCCGCCCGUGCUGCUGCUGCUCGCCCGCUCCACCUGCCACCAGCCGCGGGAGCUGCGGCCGCCACCGCCGCAGAAGCUCCGGCCACCACCCGACCGGCGAUGCUUUGA